GGAAGCACAAUCACUGCCGACUGUACUACAGUUUCCUGGCUAAAAAACUUUAGCACGCUGAGACCGUAAAGGCAGCACACGGGACAAGAAACUCCCCAUUUUUACUCGCGUGAGAGCGAGAAAAGCUGCUCUCACAACUUUUUCCCCCCCCUCCCAGCGAGCUGCCAAAUCCGUCACAACAUCUGGAGGACGAGGGGCGAGCCGGAGAAAGUUUUCAGGGAGGCGGAGAGCGAGAAGGAGGAAAGAGGGGGUCUCGAAUAGACAGAAUGCGCUGAAAAAUCAAAGUUUUCGGGGGGUGUGCGCGAACCCGGCGUGCGGAGGACCAGAUCCGUCAAAGUGUGGGGAUAACAGUGGAGGGGGCGAGGAGGUGGAAGGUGAAUCCACCUGAAGAGGUCAGAAAAUGAAUUAGCCAAAAAGCUCGGAUACUCCACGACCCAUCCACACACAAGUAACAGAGAAGAUAGACGGAGAGACUUGAAGUUCUACCGUAUUCUGAGAGACCCGAAGAGGAGAGCGAGAUGGACUGCUGUAAUUCGACAAGAAAUCUGGGCACCAAACGAUCACCACAGACUAUGUAGUAGUCAUUUUAUAUCUGGCUAGCUCCUUGGCCCCUCCACCUUCUGGGAAAAGAGCCAGGCCUACGCCCAUGGAUGAGGAAAGGAGUGCUCCAACCAUCUCCCCAGAGCCACCAGAUGAUGGGGACCCCUUCCCCGCUUUACAUGUAACGGCUACCGUACAGAUUGAAAAUACCAACUUCAAGCCAACUUCAAGUAGAGAUGUGGCCAACACCUACACUGAGCCUCUGAUAAUUAGGUCAGACGUCAUCCCGGAGAGGACGCGAGGUGACGACGGAGAGAAAUGCAAAAACGGCCUUUCGCACACGGCGCCCGGCGACGCUAUCACCUGUCAACCAGCAGCCAGAUCCACACCCAUCCACCCCACCCAGCCGUGUCGGACGCAGCCUAGCAGCCAAGCACGCAACGGAACCAAACAUCACACGCACACAAACUCCCCUCACUGUUCACAUCCCACGCCUCACACGCACUCGCUCCAGUCUGGCGGGGACAGAAAUGGGGGUCCUCAUCCAAAACUGGGCUCCCUCCCAAGAGGAGGCUCAUCCAGCUCCUCCUCCUCCUCGGCAGGGACCAGGAACAGCAAGAAAUUGCAGUCUAACCCCUCCAUCACCUCCCAGGGAAGCAAGAGGAGCAAAGGCAGCUCCAAGAGUAGCUCCAAGAGCAACAGUUCCAAGAGCAACAGCUCCCAGAUUCCCACAGAGGCACAGGAUGACUGCUGCGUUCACUGCAUCCUGGCCUGCCUCUUUUGUGAAUUCCUGACGCUGUGCAACAUCGUGCUGGACUGCGCCACCUGCGGCUCCUGCGCCGGCGACGACUCGUGUUUCUGCUGUUGCUGCGCGUCGGAGGAGUGCGGCGACUGCGAUCUGCCGUGCGACAUGGACUGCGGCAUCAUCGACGCCUGUUGCGAGUCCGCCGACUGUCUGGAGAUCUGCAUGGAGUGCUGCAGCCUUUGCUUCUCUUCGUGAGGUCGCCGCAAAUGCCCGGGAGCCGCUUCCGUCGGCGUCUCGAAAAAUCUGAAAAGUGCUACAUUCGGUCUUUGUUGUCGUCAAAGCCUGGCCUGGCUCCGCAAUCUCUGACAAAAGACUCUGAAAAGCAGUCAAUGCUGAAUUCCAACCAGAGUUACGGCCGUGGUCCGGAUUGUUCCGACGGAGCCCCUCUCCUGACCGGAGUUCUCCGAGCAUGAAAAAUGACCUCCAAAGGCAAAUGAGAAAACGGAUCCAUUUAACCGGAUUUUAGCGUUUCUGUUGAUAAGAGCAGCGGCGUAAUGGAAAAUUUUGAAGCCGGGCUCUCUGUAGAAGCGACUGAGUCUGUCCUUGGCAAGGUUAACGUCUUGCGGUUUGAUUGCGCGCCGCGCCCUUUGUGACACGCGCGGCCCGAGAGGCUGAUGUCGGAUCCAUUGAUGUCUUUGACCGCGGAGAAAUGUACAAAACAGAGAAUAAUGGUGGCCGGUGGCAAUAUUACAGACGCGUUUCCUUUGUUCGUAAGCGUCUCGUUUAACGGACGUAAUCGGCGAAGAAUCAUGAGAGAGUCAUUCAUCAGCUCGCAGAUGGAGCGUAUCAAAUCAAGAGCGCCGGCAACGGACAUCGGCGGGCCACGCUUGAUGGCCUUUAUAAUGGUCGCAUUGUCUGCUUUACAUGUGAAGGGAGAGUUCACAAUCAAACAUCUCUCCUCAUCUCAUAGUUCAUACAGUGUUUACUUUUACAUGGAAUUGAGAAGCAUCUGCUCAAGUCUUUCUAAUCCGAAUGGUCAAAACUGGUAAAAGUGUACGUGUCAUCUCUCCUGUCACGUGAACAAAUGGCCUUCUCGGCUUAGCUCCAAGUGGAUUCCAAAUCUCUAUUAAUCCUUUUUGGGGGGUAGAUUUUACUCAAGAUAUUUGCAUUUUUCCUCGAAUGUGAAAAUCACAUUUCUGCGUUAUCAGGCUUGGCCAAGCUAGCUGUUAGAGUAGGUGCUGCUUCAACAUCUAAUUGAAUUCUGCUAGUCAAAAAUCUCAUAUGGCAUUAUGCUGAAUUGGAUCCACAUGCCUGUUGUACGGUGGUAUGAAAAAGCAUCUAAACCUUUUGGACUGUCUUACUGUUACGUCCCAAGGACGGCUCGCGAAGGGCGUAACAUAAAACAAGCCACACAAGUUUACAAGUGGACACAAAUUUAUUCACAAUAAUCAAACUCGCAAUGAAUAUAUACAAAAUGUGGAAGAAGUGCGGCUUCAGGGUAAGCAUAGGCCAAAACAACAAACAAAAGGAACUACACUUAAAUCCCACCCGCUAAAGAAAAAAAAAGACAGCCACUACCCUAGCUUCCUACCCUAAACAAAACAGGAGAAAAUGGGUUGAACAGAAAUAGCGGCUUACCCCUACUGCUUCAGUGCUCUUAUUUACACUGGUGAACAAAAACGAUCCAAUAACGAAUAAACACAAAAGACCUCACCGAAAAAGCGGGAGUGUAACAAAGUAGCAAUCAAACGCACACGAGAGUGAAUGGCGAGCAAACAGCUGGCGAGGAGGACUGCAGCACGAAUGCUGUCAAAUGCGACCUCCCAGAGUGUUGUCAGCGGCAGGUUUAUGAAGCUUGGCGCCUUUUCGUCGUAGCCAGUCAGCGGCGGCGACGUCGUCUGUCCGUCCGGCGUCAAUCAGCUUACGUCACAGUGGGAGGGGAGGCAGCCAGCUGGCGGAGGUGACGAUCAACUGACUGGAGGCUUCUCAAAAUAAAACAGUUAAACAGCCAGGGCCGUCACACUUACAUUUCUGCAUAAAAUCACCCUCAAAUGUGAGCUGAUAUUUCUCCAAAUCACACAGAUGAAAAAACAGUGUCUGCUUCAACUAAAACCACCCAAACAUUUAUAGGUUUUCAUAUUUUAAUGAGGAUAGUAUGCAAACAAUGACAGACAGGGGAAAAAUAAGUAAGUGAACCAUCAUAUUUAAUUUUUUGUAGCCCCCACUUCGGCAUCAAAGACUUCAACUAGAUGCUUCCUGUAGCUGCAGAUCAGUCGGGCACGUCGUGCCGAAAUAACGCAAAGACCAAAAAAAAAAAAAAAAAAAGUAAAAGUUGGAGAAUAACAUACAGGUAGUCCCUGGGUUAGGAACAAGUUCCGUUCCUACACCGGCGAAAUAACCCAAAUUUUUGCAUAAGUCUGAAUUAACCUGUUAAGAACCCCUACAAAACAACUAUCCCAAAAGUCUAAUAGUAUUGUAUUUUGUUUAAUGAUGGACAAUGGCUACACUGCCGUCUGGUUGCAGCGUUGGGUCUGGCUGGACUGUAUGACUGAUGAGCAAUCUCGUGUGGCAUGGAUAAAGGACAGCUGCAGUCUGGUUUGGCCUACAUAAGGUUGUAAGUUGUUUCAGCUAAUAUAUGUUCAGGUAUGCAUUUGUAAUUAAGUUUAGAGCUACAGUUUGUGGAAUUAUAGUGGUAUGAAAAAGUAUCUGAACCUUUUGGAAUUUCUUACAUUUCUGCAUAAAGUCACCAUCAAAUGUGAUCUGAUCUUGGUCAAAAUCACACAGAUGAAAAAACUGUGCUUUAAAUAAAACCACCCAAACAUUUAUAGGUUUUCAUAUUUUAAUGAGGAUAGUAUGCAAUGACAGAAGGAAGUAAGUGAACCAUCACAUUUAAUUUUAUGUGCCCCCACCCCUACUGGCAGCAAUAACUUUACUGUACCUUACGUUUCCUGUAGCUGCAGAUCAGUCUGACACAUCGAUCAGGACUACUCUUGACCCAUUCUGCUCAACGAAACUGCUGUAGUUCAGUCAGAUUCUUGGGAUGUCUGGCAUGAAUCGCUGUAUUUACCACAUGCAACAGCAUCUCAAUUGGGUUCAAGUCUGGACUUUGACUUGGCCACUCAAGAACGUGUAUUUUGUUCUUCUGAAACCAUUCUGAAGUUGAUUUCCUUCUGUGUUUUGCAUCAUUGUCUUUUUGCAGCAUCCCUCCUCUUUUUAGCUUCAACUGUAUGACAGAUGGCCUCAGGUUUUCCUGUAAAACCUUUGAAUUUAUUCUUACAUUAAUGACUGCAAGUUGUCCAGGCCCUGAGGUAGCAAAACAGCCCCAAAUCAUGAUGCUCCCUCCACCAUGCUUCACCGUGGGGAUGAGGUGUUGAUGUUGGUGAGGUGUUACAUUUUUCCUCCACACAUGACGUUGUGUGUUACUCCCAAACAAUUCAACUUUGGUAUCAUCAGUCCACAAAAUAUUUUGCCAAAACGUCUGUGGAGUGUCCAAGUGCCUUUUUGCGAACGUUAAACGAGCAACAAUGUUUUUUGUUUGUUUUUUUGUUUUUUUAGACAGCAGUGGCUUCCUCCGUGGAGUCCUCCCAUGAACACCAUUCUUGGCCAUAGUUUUACAUAUAGUUGAUGUGUGCACAGAGAUAUUGGACAGUGCCACUGAUUUCUGUAAGUCUUGAACAGACAGUCUACUGUUCUUUUUUACCUCCCUGAGUAUUCUGCACUGAACUCUUGGCAUUAUCUUUGGUGGACGGUCACUCCUUGGGAGAGAAGCAACAGUACCAAACUCUCCCCAUUUGUAGACAACUUCUCUGACUGUUGAUUGAUGAACAUCCAGACUUUUAGAGAUGGUUUUGUAUCCUUUCCCGGCUUUAUACAAAUCAACAAUCCUUGAUUCGCAGGUCUGCUUUUGACCGAGCCAUGAUUCACAUCAGAUAAUGCUUCUCAUCAAAUUCUUACCAGGUGUGUGUUUUAUAGUGGGCAGGGCAGCUUUAAACCACUCAUCAGUGAUUGGGCACACACCUGACUUAAACUGUUUGGUAUAAAUUAGGUUUCAAUUGCUCGUUAAGUCUCCUUAGGCAGAGGGUUCACUCGUUUGCAUGCUAUCCUCAUUAAAAUAUGAAAACCUAUAAAUGUUCGGGUGGUUUAGUUCUUCGUGAUGAUGAUACACACUGAGCAGGAAAACUACAUGAUUUCCAAUGAAUUAAACUCACCUGGAUGCCACACACUGUAUGUAAAGUUUUCCAAGACGACACUCACCACGCUAUGCUAACACUACAAGUUACAUUUAGUGUGUGAUGACUAGAGGCGUGCGAAAUUUCCGAUUCGUAGAUUAUUCGCGAUUCGGCCGUGAAAGAUUCGAGAACGAUUCACAAACAUUCAAAUUCCGAUUAUAGAAUUAUACCAGGUAAAACGGAAGUAAAACACAGUCAGCGUGGUCUUUGGGACGCAAUGAGGAACGGACUGAGAGUAAAUAUCAUGUUCAACUCAUGCCGCUAGAUAAAAAAAAACAAUCAUACCUGACUGCGGCCGACAGCCGCUCCAAACAACGCCCAGUUGCUAGUUGCUACAAACAUAGGGCUACAGUAGAUAUCAUAUAGAUGUAGAACUAGAUGCAAAAUGACAGAAGACGGCGGUGUUAGAACAGGUAUUAUUGAACCGAGAUGCAAAAUGACAGACUUUCCGGCAUUAGUAAACAGCCGCCAUCUUAAAGCAGUACUAAAGCAGCAGUGAAUUCUCUAGAGGGCUCUGUUGUAGCGAACCUAAUUAACUUUUUAUCUAAAAUACUCCUAAAUCGGCAGAAUCUUGUCUUGAAUCUAUCUUUAAAUGAUGAAAUAGUUUGAAAACUUUGACAAAAGUAGACAGAAGGGAAAUUAUGGAAUAACGGGAGCAAUUUUAACAACUGUAACAGUUGAUUCACAACAUUAAAUUAAUUGAAUGUAGUUUAAAGCUGCUGAUACAGAAUGGGGACAGGAGUAUUUUAUUUACUGUUAUUUUUGUAUAUUUGUUUACUGUUAUAUGCUAACUUGAUACUGAAAUAGUAGUUUGGUUUAGCGUGAGAAGAUUUUUGAACAAUUUUGGAACUAAUGUACAAAACAUUAAAAAAAAAAAAAAAAAAAAAAAAGGGAUGGGGGUGCAUCAAUAAUUGUUUUAUAAUCAAGUCGAAGCCUCUGAAUCGUAAUCGUAAUCGUUAGGUGCCCAAAGAUUCCUAGCGCUAGUGAUGACCACUCAGCACAGACCUUUAAAGCCUAAAGCAACAUGGCAUAUCUAGUCAAGAUAAGAAAACAAAACUUACCAAGCAGCACCUGACUCAUGUGAUUCAUUAAAGGAGCCUCGAGUGGGCACACACUUACUCACCGACUGGUGAGUAAGCGUGUGGGUGGGGGCACGCAGCACGUCACAUGAGAGACACGACCAAACCCCUGCUUUAAAGCUAUUCACAAAAAGCUCAUGCACAAUACUCUUCUCCUGUCUUCAUUGUUGUCAAAUUCAAACAAGGCCCUCAGGAACUCUAAACACAAUCAUUUUCUUCCAUCUGUUCUUGUUUUCCAUUUGAAGUAACCUCCCUUCGUGGACAGCAACAUACCCUGAAAUAUUUGUGAUCAUGCUUACAAAAUAUGUCGGGAUAACGAUCCCAAAUAUAUUUCGUUCGUUCACUGAUUGACGGGCUGUGAUUGGCCGUCAAGGCGGACUGUGACACGCUUUCACCAAGCCGACAUUAUGUGCUUUAUAAAUGACUGGAUACUCUUUGAACGAUUAUGUUUGUGCAAUUUUGCUUCUUAAAAAUGUCUACGUUUGACUGGAUCGUAGUUUCUAGAUUAGAUAGAAGGGUUCGCGUUAUGUGAUGAGGGUUCUUUCAAAGCCUGAUUUUGUUUGGAAUAAAUAAAGCGGUUGACACUCAAGCAAAUAUAACAGCAAUGCAAAAAGGCAGGUUUUGGGAAUUGAUCAAGAGUAAAUGUGAUGGGUAAGAGUGUGAAAUGUUCCCGCAAGUUGAGGAUGAUAACCCUGGAAAGCCCUGGAAAACUAUGCAAUAUCUCACAGAGAUUUAUGAAGGGACAACUGGAUCGUAUAAUACUACAGACCAAAUAGAUUGCUUGGGACUAAGGUUAAAAAAAUCAAAGCACUUUAACUGGGAACGGUUCCUCUGUUGCCAGACCAACCAUAUCACUAGAACAACCCCGCAAGACGUUAUGUACAAGCAAACAGCCAGGGAAAAGGAAUAUCUUCCAAUGCGGUGGAUGAAUUCUCUCAACAAAUAGGUCAUUAUGUACAGUGUCCUCCAUAAUUAUGGGCACCCCUGAAAAAGAUGUGUUUUUUAGCUUCAAAUAAUAUGGGACCUUCACGGAAAAAAAGAGAAAAAUCCAACCUUCAAUACAAGUGCAUUCAUUCAGUGG